GAAACCCGGGGGCGGAUGCGGAGGCGGGGCGGAGGAGCGAGGGGAGGAGCGAGCACCUGCGCGCACCGCGGGAGGAGGGCCCAACGCGGCGCGGGUCCCCGCCCCUCGGCGGCCCGGCCCCUGCGCUCCUGGAAGCCGGAAGCGGGCGAAGAAGAGCUAGUUCGGAGCUUCUCCGAGGAAGGGGAAGCCCAGGGCCGGUGCCCCGCAGAGCCCCAACCGCGGGCCGCCAGCGCUCUGCGACAGCGCGGGACCAUGGGGACUCCGCGCCGCGGGCCACCCCUCCUCCCGGGGCCCCCGCUGGGGCGGCUGCUACUGCCCCUGCUCCUGAGCGGGCUGUCCCUGGCUCGCGCCUCCCCGCGACUCUUGGACUACCCGGCGCCAGUCUGCUCUCAGGAGGGACUAAACUGCGCAGUCAAGAAUAGUACCUGCCUGGAUGACAGCUGGAUCCACCCUCGAAAUCUGACCCCUUCAUCCCCCAAAGAUGUCCAGGUCCACCUGGACUUUGCCCACAACCAGAAUGGAGACCUCCUACCUGUGGCUCGCAUCAGAUGGACCCUGCAGACAGAUGCGAGCAUUCUCUUCCUGGAGGGUGCUGAGCUAUCUGUCCUGCAGCUGAACACCAAUGAACGUUUGUGCGUCAAGUUUGAAUUUCUGUCCAGACUGCAGCAUCAUCGCCAGCGGUGGCAUUUUACCUUCAGCCACUUUGUGGUGGAACCUGGCCAGGAGUAUGAGGUGACGGUUCACAACCUGCCCAAACCCAUCCCUGAUGGGGACCCAAACCACCAGUCCAGGAACUUCCCCGUGCCUGGCUGCGAGGACCCCAGGAUGAGGAUGACCACACCAUGUGUGAGCUCAGGCAGCCUGUGGGACCCCAACAUCACGGCAGAGACCCUAGAGGCCCAGCAGCUGCGGCUGAGCUUCACCCUGUGGAAUGAGUCUGCCCCUUACCAGAUCCUGCUGACCAGCUUUCCACACACACAGAAUCAGAGCUGCUUCCAUCAUGGCCUCAUGGUGUCCAAGCCCACACUCGAGGAGUUCCACCAGCGGGCCAACGUCACGCUCACCCUGUCAGACCGGACUUGGUGCUGCCGCCACCGAGUGCAGAUCCAGCCCUUCUUCAGUAGCUGUCUCAACGACUGUCUCAGACACUCCAUAACCCUUCCCUGCCCAGAAAUUCCAGAUGCUCCAGUCUCGAUUGCAGGUAAGGCCAGCUGUCCUUUCCGUCCACUGCAGGAGUCCCUGGGGCCCUUCGUCAGGGGCCACAUGGCAAGUCCCUCACUGAGCCUCAUCUGGAGCCAGGCAGAGAAGGAGGCCAGCCCGAGGGUGGAGGUCGUCAGCAUGUCAUGGCACAGGCCGGAGAGGACUGCCCAGGGGUUGGGAGAGCUCAGAGCUGGCGGGGCGGGCCUCCUCUGCCAUGUCACUCAUGCCGUUCCGCUUCCCACAGACUACAUACCCCUGUGGGUGUACGGGUUCAUCACGGGCAUCUCCAUCCUGCUGGUGGGUUCCGUCAUCCUGCUGAUUGUCUGCAUGACCUGGAGGCUGCCGGGGUCUCAUCGUGAAAAAUAUGGUAAUGACAGCAAAUGCACAGAUGUCCUGCCAGAGACCAGCCUGACCCCACCACCCCUGAAGCCCAGGAAGGUCUGGAUUGUCUACUCCGCCGACCACCCCCUCUACGUGGAUGUGGUCCUGAAGUUCGCCCAGUUCCUGCUCACUGUCUGUGGCACAGAAGUGGCCCUUGACCUGCUAGAGGAGCAGGUCAUCUCAGAGGUGGGGGUCAUGACCUGGGUGGGCCGCCAGAAGCAGGAGAUGGUGGAGACCAACUCCAAGAUCAUCAUCCUGUGCUCCCGAGGCACCCGGGCCAAAUGGCAGGCCAUCCUCGGCUGGGAGGAGCCAGCCGUGCAACUCCGGUGUGACCGCUGGAAGCCGGCGGGGGACCUCUUCACCGCGGCCAUGAACAUGAUCCUACCAGACUUCAAGAAGCCAGCCUGCUUCGGCACCUACAUCGUCUGCUACUUCCGUGACAUCAGCAGCGAGAGUGACAUCCCCGACCUCUUCAACAUCACUUCCAGGUACCCGCUCAUGGACAGAUUUGAGGAAGUGUACUUCCGGAUCCAGGACCUGGAGAUGUUUGAACCCGGCCGGAUGCACCGCGUCGGGGAGCUCACAGGUGAGAACUAUCUGCAGAACCCGAGCGGCUGGCAGCUCAAGGAGGCAGUGGAGCGGUUCCGGCAGUGGCAGGUCCAGUGCCCAGACUGGUUUGAGCGUGAGAACCUUUGCUCCGCGGAUGACCAGGACCUCCCAUCGCUGCACGAAGAGGUGUUCGAGGAGCCCCUGCUGCUGCCAGGAAGAGGGAUCAUCAAGCAGAAACCCCUGAUGCAGGAACCCGCCUCCGAGGGUGCCCUGGUGGGAGAGCUGCUCAUCAGUGAGGAAGGAAGAGGACUGUCGAGGCUGGACCCUCAACUCCUGCCCCAAGGAGAACUGGCAGCCCAGGCUCUCCAGACCGCGGUGCUCCCAAUGGAGGAGGUCCCUCUGGCUCAGGCCGUGGAACCCAUUCCUCUGGCCACCGAGAGCAAUGCAGCUGGCCGGUUGGCUGUGGGGGAGGCAGACGAGGCCUGCCCACUGUUGGAGGGCUACGGCCCACAGCGGAACAGCGUCCUCUGCCUCCCUGUGGAUUCAGAGGCCCCGCCUGUCUGCAGCAGCCUGAUGGCAUCGCCCAGCUGCCUCCCGGAUGAAGUCCGGGAGCAGCUCGAAGGCUUGAUGUUCUCCCUCUUCCAGCAGAGUCUGAACUGCCAGGCCCUGGAGGGCUGGGACAGAGCCCCAGUGGCUCUCAGAGACCUCUGCAUGCCCUCCGAGGAGGAGCAACGGCAGUCGGUGCAGUCUGACCAGGGUUACAUCUCCAGGAGCUCCCCACAGCCCCCCGAAGGACUCACAGAGAUGGAGGAAGAGGAGGAAGAGCGGGACCUGGGGACAUUGGCCAAGCAGCUCUCUCCCGAGGACCUAGAGAACCUGAGAAGCCUCCAGAGAAGGCUCUUCUUCCAAGAGCUUCAGAAGAGCUCCGGCUGGGACAGUGCGGAACCGGAGGAGCCCUAGGGCCUCCCCGCACACAGGGUGUUGAGAGAAGGGAGUGUGUGUGUCCACGAGGGUUCAUGCGAGUGUCUGUAUAUAUAUAUAGAUUCCUGUAUGAAGUGUUUGCCUUUAGAUGUGGACCUCUCGAGCCCUAGGUCUGCCCCUGAAUUUUCUUUCUCUGACCCUCUGGUCGUGUUCUGUCCCGGCAAGAAUCCAUAGCCUGUCCCUGCCCUGAGCCAGCGAUACAGUGUCCUUGAGCCACCGUCGUGCCAUUUUCAGUCAUGCAACAUUUAUUUUGCACCUCUUGUUGCCAAGCGUGUGAGAUGUAAAGGUAAAUCUUACAAGGUAGUGGCCCUGGUCACCAAGGGGCUUACCGUCUGGUGAGAGUGACAGAUUAGCAAACAGGAUGGUCCUGUGUGUUAGAAAGGCUUGGUAGAGGUCUGCCUAGAAGGAGCAGCUGGGCCCAGAGACUAUGGCUGGAGAGGGCAGCGGUCCCCGGGGCAGGGGCGGCGCCUGGGGUGGGGCUGGUGCCAGGGGGGCUAGAGUGGGAGGACUGGGCAGCUGGAGCCCAGACUGGAGAGGGGCUUGUGGGCCAGGCUAGGGGAGUUGGGACAUCAGCCCAGUGGCCUGGCAUUCCUUUGAUAGGGUUACCUGCUGCCCUGCAGAGGAAGGAUCUGAGGACCAAACAUACCCGAAAGCCUCUGGGCAGCAGCACCCCCCGAGCUCUGGAGGUCCCAGAGCUGGGCGCCCAAGCCUGGGUGUGAGAUAUGGAGGGCUCCGGCAGGGUGGGUGCAGGGGAGCAGGACUCUCUGAGGGAGAGGGAAAUGGGCCUCUCUGUACUUAAAAGUCUGAGGCUCAAAGGCAGUAUUCGAGGAGAGAUGCUGAAGUUCAGUGGGUAAAGAAGCUGUUCUUCAGGUGCCUUCUUGGGAGGAGCUGAGGGCUUCUGUCUGUCUGUCUGGGUCCCGGCCUGGGAGGCCGUGUGCCCCUGCACUCGGGUGAGCUCCUCGCCUGUACCCUCGCCCUCAGCUGGAGCUCCAAGCUUCAGGGACGGAGUGAUGGGAAACCAUCCCAGGUUUUGUGUGUGUGUGUGUGUGUGUGUGAGAGAGAGACACAGACAUGUGCACACAAGGGAGAUGAUCAGUAAAAGAAGGAAUAAAUGUGUCUACUCUGGUGAGAACCCCACAUCGUUCUGUGGAGUCACGUGUUACCAUAGGUCAAGUUCCCAGCUGUCCGGUCCUUCCAGUUGUGAGAUCUCCCGGUGCAACCGCGGGGACGGCAGAUCGGAGGCCCAGACUGCAUGCAGCCUGUACACAGCCCCACGGCCACGAAGGACCAGGGGAGGCAGGGCUGCACACAGGGUGUCUGUGUCCCCCAAAAUACCUCAGUGUGACAGUAGUGGAGGGACAGGUGAUUAGGUUGGGAGGAGGGAGCCCCAGAGAGCUCCAUACACCCGUGAGGGCGCAGUGAGAUGGUCAUCUGUGACCCCGGGCGGCAAGCUCCCACCACACAUCCAGUCUGCCAGCUCCUUGGUCUGGGACUCGCUGGCCCCCAGAACCAUGAGCCACUUGGGUACUUGCAAUCUACCCCAUGUUCGGUGUUCUGCGCUGAGCCCUUCCAGACCAGGCAAGAUUGGGAGCCACAUUCUCCCAGCUGCUGGCCUCUCAGGCUCUAUCUCCCCUCCAGUAAGCUGCCCGUGGGCCUCGCUGGGGCCACAUGCCUACCGAACUUUCGGUGAUGUCGCCCCAGCUUCCACAAAGUGCUUACUCCAUGUCCAGAGUGUGGAACAGCAUGGUGGACUGGACACGCCACCGGCGUGCCCCAACCAGUGUGGCCCUGGUGCCCAGAAGCCUACUUGUCAUUUGCAUUGCAUUCCCCACAAGCCUUGACGUCCAGCUCUGCUGGCCUUAGAGGCCACGUGUCCUCAGUUAGCAUUGUUCACUGCGUCCCCUCUCUCUCUAGGGUGGCUGCUUGUUUCCCUAACAACUUUAUUGCGAUACGGUGCACAUCCAUGUCAUUCACAGCUGACCCUAUGCAGUUCAAUGGCUUUUAAGAGUUCAGAACUCAGCAACCAUCAGCAUCAUCAAUUUCAGAACAUUUCUCUUAGCCCAGAAAGAAAUCCAGCACCCCUUCAUCCUCACCACCCACCCUCCUCAGCUCCCCAUCCCUCUAUGGAUUUGCCUGUUGUGGACAUAACCAGUACAAAUGGAAUUGUGAAGUUCCCCAGGGCUUCUGGACCCUUCCUUGAAGGUCAUGCCCUGGUUCCUCCCACGUUCCCUUCCUUUCCCUGGAGCCCCCAAGCUCACACUGGCCUUUGCUCACCACACAUGCCGGAAGUUCUGUCAGCCUGUGGUGUCUGCUGUCAGCCCAAUGCCAAGACCAUGAAGAGCGUGUGUAAAUAAAGCCUUGCCUUGCUUUUCGUAUUCUUC